AACGACACCCGUAAAAAAGAAAAGUUAGUCCGACAAGGCGGGCUUGGAAGAGCCGGAAGGGAAUUUUGAUUUAUCCACCUCCGCCUACACCGACGUCAACACUCUUGGGCCGCCGAGCGAGCUGCCUGCUAAUAUUACGCAGUAGAAUAUCGACUGCUUAAUUACAAUCCAGAUUCCAGACGCUCCUUCUGACAAAAUCCUCUUUUCUCUACUCUUCUGCCGCCGGAUUAUGAUGAUGAUGGAAGGAGUGGCCCUCAAAUUCCCGCCUCUCAAGCUCUUCAACCCUAAUUUCCCCACUUCUCCCGCAACCACCGUCACACCUUCUCUUGCCCGCUUCGCCCUCCGCAGCUUCUCCUCUUCGUCUUCAUCAUCAUCGUGUUCUGCUUCUCUUCCCGUUUCCGCCACCGCCGGGAAAGAAGCCGACUCGGCCCUCGGAACCCUCUCCCUCGGCCACCUGACCCGACCCGACUUCCCCAUCCUCCACCAGGAGGUGAAUGGGUCGAAGCUUGUGUACCUGGACAAUGCUGCAACUUCUCAGAAGCCCCAUCAAGUGUUGAAGGCUUUGCAGAGUUACUAUGCUGGUUAUAAUUCUAACGUUCACAGAGGAAUUCAUUACCUAAGUGCCAAAGCAACGGACCAAUAUGAAUUAGCAAGGAAGAAGGUAGCUGAUUUUAUAAAUGCAGAGGAGAGCCAAGAGAUAGUGUUCACCAGGAAUGCUACUGAAGCGAUCAAUCUAGUAGCAUACUCCUGGGGGAUAUCGAAUCUGAAACCCGGAGAUGAGGUCUUACUCACAGUGGCAGAACAUCACAGUGCUAUUGUUCCUUGGCAGCUUGUAGCUCAGAGGACUGGCGCAGUACUAAGGUUUGUAGAUUUGGAUGAAAAUGAGGUUCCUGAAGUGGAGAAGCUGAGGGAAUCAAUUUCUCGGAAAACAAAGCUGGUUGUUGUGCACCAUGUAUCAAAUGUGCUGGCUUCUUUUCUUCCUAUAAAACAUAUAGCACGAUGGGUUCAUGAUGUUGGAGGAAAGAUACUAGUUGAUGCUUGCCAAAGUGUUCCACAUAUUGUGGUCGAUGUGCAGGAGCUAGAUGCAGACUUUCUUGUUGCUUCUUCUCACAAGAUGUGUGGGCCUACAGGCAUUGGAUUCUUGUAUGCCAAAAGUGACAUCUUAUCAGCCAUGCCUCCAUUUUUAGGCGGUGGGGAGAUGAUAUCGGAUGUUUUCUUAGAUCAUUCCACAUAUGCAGAUCCUCCCUCAAGAUUUGAGGCUGGCACCCCAGCUAUUGGUGAAGCAAUUGGCUUGGGAGCAGCGAUUGAUUACUUGCAAGGGAUUGGGAUGCAGAAGAUUCACGACUAUGAGACAGAGUUGGCUAACUAUUUAUACGAAAGCCUGUCUACCAUCCCCAAUGUCCGAAUAUAUGGGCCGAGACCUUCAGAAAAGGUGAAACGUGCUGCCUUGUGUUCUUUCAAUGUUGAGGAUGUUCACCCCACAGAUCUAGCAACUCUACUUGAUCAACAGCACGGAGUGGCUAUCAGAUCUGGUCAUCAUUGUGCUCAGCCUCUCCAUCGGUAUUUAGGCGUGAAUGCAAGUGCUCGGGCCAGUCUUCAUUUCUACAACACCAAAGAUGAUGUGGACGAUUUCAUCAACGCCCUAAGUGAAACAGUCAGCUUCUUGAACUCUUUCAAGUAGAGUGAGCAAAAUCCGCUUCAUUCGUUCCUUUCCCCCCAAGGCUGCCCUGCUCUCCACAUUGAUGUCAAGAAAACUGGAUACUGAAGGAUUCUCAGCUUGUAGUUAUUUUUCUGUCAGGCUGCUACAUCUUGUGGUCUUUGUACAAUAGCCAUAGGACGGAUGUAUACAUUAUUAUACAGUGGAUUCCCUUGUUUGAUAGAAAUAAUGUUAAGAUAUGUAAGUGUCGAGAAUCAAACAUCGGCAAGUUAUGUGUAAUCGUAUUGAUUCUAUCGGAAUAAAAAUAAGGGAAGUUGGUUCAAUGACGAGAUUAAGUAACGAUUAAGCUGGUGU